AUGCUUCCCCUAGCAGCCCUCUCCCUCUCCCUCCUCCCCCUGGCUCUAUCCCUCCAGCUCCCCCACAUCCCCGCCACCCCGCAAGAAGCCCUCUCCUUUGCCGACUCGUACGUCCACAACAGCCUCGACAACGCCGAGGCCAAUCUAGGCUAUGCGGACGAUAUGAUGUUGCAGAGCGUGGGCGAUGAGUUUGUGGUGCUUCACCAUGCCAAGUUUCCUAAGCACCAGGUAAAGAUCAAGAGUACCGAUGGCUGGUGUGACCCCAAUGUCAGGUCGUACUCUGGUUAUCUCGACGUCGGCUACGGCAAGGAGCUCUUCUUCACCUUUUUCGAGUCCCGAUCAAAGCCUUCUGAAGGCCCUGUUGUCAUGUGGAUCAACGGCGGGCCUGGUUGUUCGGGGUCUCUCGGCAUGCUAAUGGAGCUCGGCCCUUGCUCUAUCGCCAAAGAUCCCAAGUCUGCCAACGACACCAUCUACAACCCCCAUGCGUGGAACCAAAAGGCGAACGUGUUCUUCUUGGACGAGCCUAUUGGAGUUGGAUUCAGCCACGCCGAGAAUGGGCAAACUGUCGGAACAACCGAAGAGGCGGCCAUCGAUGUACAAGCUUUCGUAACUAUCUUCUUUGAAACCUUUAAAGAAUUCGAAGGUCGUGCUUUCCACAUGGCAGGCGAGUCUUAUGGCGGACGAUACCUCCCGUUGUUUGCCAGCGCUGUUGUGGAUGGCAACAAACAACUCGUCAAAGACGGCAAGAAGCCGAUCAAUCUGGAGAGUGUCCUGAUCGGCAACGGUGUCACUGAUUGGUUCACCACUACCGAGUCAUACUAUCCCUUCCAAUGUACCUUGCAUGGCGAUCUCACUGAACCUGUCCAGUCCAUCGGUGCUUGUGUGGCCAUGGCUGAAGCUGUGCCCAAGUGCCACAAGCUGGCCAAGAGGGGUUGCAUCGAGUCUCACGACUACACUACCUGCGCCAUGGCCGUCAACUACUGCGACGAAGUACUCGGCGAAACAUUCCUCUCUGCCGGGGUCAACCCCUACGACGUCUCUAUGCCUUGUACCGGGGAAGAGCUCAGCGACUCGCUCUGUUACCCUGUGACCAAAAGGAUUGGAGAUUAUUUGAACCUUCCAGAUGUUAGACGAGUACUGGGUGUGGAGGAGAAGAAGGGUAAAUGGGAGAGCUGUGAUGGGCCGGUGUUUACUGCCUUCAAUACAAACUUGGACAACACUGGCCAGACUUGGCUCUACGUGUCUGCUUUACUCGAGAGGGGCGUGAGGGUACUCAAUUACGUCGGUAUGCUCGACUUUAUCUGCAACCACAUCGCCAACGAGCUCUGGAUGGAACGCCUCGAGUGGACGGGCAAAGAAGGCUACAAUGCCGCCGACUUUGGGGACUGGACAGUUGAGGGAAAGAAGGCGGGCGAGUUCAAGACUUAUGGCAACCUCACUAUGCUGAAGAUCAGGGGUGCCGGCCACAUGGUACCAUACGACAAGCCUGUGGAGGCGCUGACGAUGGUGAACGACUGGCUGAGCGCUGCUGCCUUGUAG